AUGGCUCCAUUGAAGAUCCAACCGAUUGACAUAGAUUCAGAGAAAGUGACUGGUCUUGUUCGAAACGAACCAGUAUCAAAGUGGCGUUUGAGGAGAUUCUUCGCGUUUGAGAAACAGUUUCCGAAGAACAACAACAACAAAGAUGGAGGUGGAGGAGGAGCUGAGUUGGAACCGAGCUCUGUUUGCUUGGCGAAAAUGGUUCAAAGUUUCAUGGAGGAACAACCGCAACCGCAACCGCAACCUCAACCACAACCUCUUAGAUGCGGUCGUAACCGCUGUAACUGCUUCAACGCGAGUAGCUCCGACGAGGACGAUUUCGAUCUAUCCGGUUUUACACAUGAAACAGUCACGGAUUCCAAUGACUCGCUCAAGAGCUUGAUUCCUUGUGUAACUGUUGAAGAAAGGAAUCUAUUAGCCGAUGCGGCGAAGAUUGUUGAGAAAAAUAGCAAGGUUUACAAAAGGAAAGAAGAUUUGAUUAAGAUAGUUGCAGAAGCACUUUCCUCUCUCGGAUACGAUUCUUCAAUUUGCAAAUCGAAAUGGGAGAAAACUUCUUCUUGUCCUUCUGGUGAAUAUCAAUUCAUUGAUGCGAUUGUGGAAGGUGAAGCGCUGAUAAUCGACAUCGAUUUUCGAUCGGAGUUUGAGAUCGCACGAUCUACCGGAACCUACAAGACAAUACUUCAAUCGCUACCGUACAUCUUCGUUGGGAAAAAGGAACGGCUGAAGCAGAUCGUGUCCAUCGUAUCGGAGGCCGCGAAACAGAGUUUGAAGAAGAAAGGGAUGCAUGUUCCGCCGUGGAGGAAGCGUGAUUACAUGCUUGCGAAAUGGAUAUCUCCCUCUGCUGCUAGGUCAAAGCAAGUCGCCGAUGCGGCGGCUCAAGAAACACCGACGCAAGAGGCUAAUAGCGAUUCUGGUGAAUUGGAGCUGAUUUUCGGUGAAGUGAAAGCGUCGCCGGAGGAAGUAGUUACGGUGAGUCCAGCGUGGCAGUUGCCGGCGGUGAAACCGAAGAGUGUUGAAAGAGGAACGAAGGUUGUGACCGGAUUAGCCUCUCUGCUCAAGGAGAAACCGUAG